AUGAGUGAACUGACUGAAGCAGUGGCUGUGGGAGAUCCCCGAACCGGAACUCCCAUGCCGGAGACCGCCGACAGCCUCUUCAAGAUGCCCUUGCCACCCACAAUGACGCCUCUGGCCAUGCCAAAUAGCUUCUCCCCGGGAUACGCCAUCAAAAACUCGCUCCUCGGGCACCUGAGCUGCGUUUCGUCGGUGAAGUUCAGUCCAGAUGGCGGGCACUUGGUCAGCGGCUCGGGCGACAGGCACCUCAAACUCUGGGACGUGGAGUCGGGCAUUUGCCUCCAAACGCUGGCCGGGCACGGCAUGGGCAUCAACGAUGUGGCCUGGUCGGCGGCUGGACUACUGGCCAGUUGCAGCGAUGAUAGGACAGUGCGCCUUUGGGAUCCCCGCAGCGGAAUCUGCUCCAAAACUCUGAAGGGGCACGGCGGCUUCGUCUUCGCCUGCUGCUUCAAUCCGCAGUCCAACCUGCUGGCCUCCACCAGCUUCGACGAAACGGUGCGCCUGUGGGAUGUGCGCACUGGGAGAUGCCUGAAGAAAGUAACCGGCCACCUGGAUCCCAUCACCUCGGUGGACUUCAACCGCGAGGGCAGUCUCUUCGUGACCAGCAGCUUCGAUGGCCUGGUGCGCGUCUGGGAGUCGAGCACCUGCCAUGUGCUGAAGACCCUCGUCGAGGAGGACAACACUCCGGUGGGCUAUGUCAAGUUCUCGCCCAACGGACGGUACAUCCUGGCCUCCACGCUGAACAGCAACCUCAAGCUGUGGAACUACCAGAAGCCCAAGUGCCUGCGAGUCUAUCGCGGUCAUGUGAACGAGUCCUACUGCCUGACCUCCAACUUCUCCAUCACCGCGGGCAUUUGGAUCGUCUCCGGCAGCGAGGAUGGCACGCUGUGCAUAUGGAAUCUGCAGACCAAGGAGCUGGUCCAAAAGGUCGCCACCCAGGGCGACCAGGUGCUCUGCACCGACUGCCAUCCCAAGGCCAAUGUGAUGGCCAGCGGCUCUAAACAGAAUACUUUCGCCAUCAGAAUCUGGCAGAGCAGCGAGUAG